AUUCUGUGGCAGAGGGAAGGCGAGUUAGAGAGAGACAGAGACUGUGAACGAGUGCUUCAGAGAGAGCUUCAGAAGUCUUCAAAAAAGCAGUCAGAGAAGUGACAGUGGAUUCAUGGACACACAUAAUGAUAUCACAAGGAAGUCACAGAGACAGGCUAAGCUUUGAGGAAAGGCAUUACUCAAACACAAGACCCACUUGACAGGAUCCUCUACACUAGGGUGCACAAGAAAGACUCACAGAGUACUGUCAACGGUGUCGAAGACAGCAUCCAUGGUCCCUCUGUGGUUGACCAUGUUGUGCCAGCUACCAGUCACACCCUUCCUCUCCCUGUAGCUAAUCAUCCACCACCAGCUGCCAAUCAUGCUCUGUCAGUGAGCAGUGACUCAGGCAACUCUACAGUUUCUGUCAAGACUUACCACACAGAUGAUGCUCAGCAAUCCCUGAUAUUGUCUGGUCCUGUAAGCCACCCUGUACCCGAUGGCUUAAUCAGCCCCUGUGAGAAAUGGGAGCUUGAGCAGUUGCUGAGUGGACUAGAGGGCCAGUCACUCCUCUUUCACCAGGGCUUCAUCCCAGCAGUCAACACUAGUCCUGAAGCAGGCAUACGGCACCUUGUGCCUGCCCAGGUCCACAUAAACACUCAAAUUGGCAGUGAGCGGGAGGCAGAUAUCCUUAAUGAUGAGUGACCAGUCAGCCAAGUAGGUGACGACGGUGUUGACAGCCUUGGAACUAUCUUGUCUUUUUUAGUGCCAGGAUCUUCCAGCAGAUAACCAGCCUGAAAACAAGUUGACAGUAAUUGAGGUUGACGGACAGGAAGGACUGCCAAAGCCAGCACUGAGUAGGAAAGUGAUGUCUGUACACCAGGGGAGAGGCUUAUUCUCGAUCCAGGAGUGUCUAGUGGACUACAGUGGGCAGAACAGAGGGAUGUAUCGCUCACAGUCCUAUGGUGUGCCUGUGCUGGAUGGCGAUACUCGGUAUCUGCCACAGACACCUGAGCGCAGCACCAGCAGCAGAGAGGCAGUGCAACGUGGCCUUAAUGCUUGGCACCAGUAUGGGCUAAUGGAUGACCCCUUCUUUGGUGCCAAUACCAGUCCGCCUUGCUUUCCUCCCCACAGUGGGGCUUCACAGCAGGAAGUGGAACAGUCCAUAGAGGCCCUUGACAUACUCAUGUUGGCCUUGGAGCCACAUAGCCCAAUGCCCAAGUCUCACAGUGCACUACCCAGGGAGAACAACUCUGCCUUCCAGCCAUUUUGCCAGACCAUAGAGAGGCCCUCCUACCAGGCAGACCAGGCCAUCCACAAUUAUACAAACAGACAUCUUCCCUCUACAUCAGCCAGCUUUGGCCAGUCCUCUCAAAGGUCAUCUCCUGCCUGCACAAUGACCCCACCAGCCGACAUUCACCAGAGGCACUUCCAGACUCCCCACUCUCCCUCACCCACCUACCAGAAAGACCCAUGCAGAAUGCAAGAAGUCUCAGUUAAGACCCCACCCCCAACAAUACCCUUGCCAUCGCCAAUCAAGCCCCAGACUGUUUACCCAGGAGGUGGAGUAAUGUUUAACAAUCCAGAACUUCAGAGUUCAUCCCCAUAUCCAGUCAACCAGGGGAAUUACACCAUAUUCUCAUCCCCCUUGCCCACCAUUACCCCUGCUAAGGAACCUGAGCCUGCAGCUGAGGAGGAAAGUCUAAAUCUUGAAGGACUAGUGGCUCACCGUGUAGCAGAGUACAACGCUCGCAUCCGUGGCAUCUCCAAGAGCAUGUCCAACCAGCUUGAACGUCAUCACUCCUAUUCUUUUUCUGGAUCACAUUCAUUCAUGUCAACACCAGAUGAGACUGCUUCCAGCACUCGCUGUUGCACAAGCAGUGAGGGCCAGUACAAUAACAGUCAUGAAGAGAGCUCUGCUCAUGGCAAUGGUUCUCCACAACACUGUGCUUCUCCAAAGUUUGUCAACACUAUCGACAUGAAUCCUGGAGGACAACCUAGAGAGGGACACAUGCGUAGCUACAGGGAGGCCUUUGAGGAGGUGGAGUCAGUAUUACCUAACCCCAUCCCCAGCAGUGGCAGUGAGACACACCCACUGAUACCUGACUUCCCUGUCUUACCCACCACCUCGCCACAGACCCCAUACAUCAACCUGUGUCGCUCACCUGGUCUGAAUAAAACUCUUCUAUCUAGCCAGGAUCCAAAGUCACCCAACCCAUCUGAGGUUCUGUUUCAGCAUAGCAUCUCAGAUUCUGAUUCUAGUGAUGAUUUAGAAGAACCACAAGGGUAUAUGAGCUCUGUGGAUCGAGGAAGGGGGGUUGUGUCUCCACUACACUGUUCCAACUUGCCUACUGUCCUAAAUAGAGCGGUUCCCUUUUCACAAAGCUUCACUCCUCCGCAGCUGACCAGCAGAACCAUCUCCAAUCCUGAUGGUGAACCUGUCACUGCCCCACUUUUUCCGGACCCUAUGGGCUACCUCAACCCAGAGGAGGCCACUGUGAACGUCAUGGGUGUGCACCGUGUCCCUGGCAGCCCCAACACACUCCAUCGUACAGUUGCCACAAACACACCUCCGAGCCCGGCCCUUCAGCGAAGGCAAUGCAGCCCAGGAAUGGGAUGCCAGAAUAUGGCCAAUGAAAGAAGCAGUGAACUCAGCAUGCCAAACAACCAUCUGUUGGCACACAGUGGCAAAUCAGUUCUUCCUGUGAGUCCUGUGCUGAGCCGACACACUUCUGCUGCUGUGACCACUGCUCAAAACCCCACACUGAGACACAAUGCAACUGAUGACAGGCAGGGGGCACAGUCUAGGCAGAGUCUAUCCUCUAUGGGCCCUCAAACACCACUCAUUCCCCUGGAGCAACCAGCAAGGAAGAGGGAGGCAAGGGUAGAGAAAGCCUUAUCAGAUAGCACUCAGAAUAGCACAUCUCCAUCCCCGAUGGCUGCAUCUACACCCAGUCCUGCCCCAUGUGCCCCACAAGAGCCUGGAAUUGUCUCCAUCUAUGCAGAUGUUCCUCCAGAUAUCACAUUCAAUGUCAAGUUUUUUCAAGAUACAUCCAAGUUUUGGUACAAACCAGACAUCUCAAGGGAGCAAGCCAUUAGUCUGCUGAAAGAUCGUGAGCCGGGAGCAUUUGUAAUCCGUGACAGCCACUCAUUCCUAGGAGCAUAUGGCCUGGCCAUGAAAGUGGCUUGUCCACCUCCAACAUUACAAAAGAAUAAGAAAGGACCUGGUGACAUGGCAAAUGAGUUGGUACGACACUUUCUGAUCGAAACAACCCCCAAAGGUGUCAGACUAAAAGGCUCUCCCAAUGAACCAUACUUUGGCUGUCUGUCUGCACUGGUGUACCAACAUUCAAUCACACCCCUGGCUUUGCCAUGCAAACUUAUGAUCCCCACCAUAGAUCUGAAUGAAGAGGCUUUAGAGUUGGCCACAUCAAGAAGUUCUGCAACUGAUCAUCCGAAACAAGGAGCAAGGCCAACAAAGUCUCCUGAAGAUUCUCAUGCAUGUAAUGUUCUAUACAUAAAUUCAGUGGAUAUGGAGUCCCUAACUGGCCCACAGGCUGUGGCCAAAGCCAUCAGCAAGACAGUAGCUGCAAAGCCAACUCCUGAUGCAACUGUUGUCCACUUCAAAGUGUCUUUGGAGGGUAUCACUCUCACAGACAAUCAGAGGAAGAUCUUCUUUCGUCAUUAUUUUCCUAUUAAAACAGUCACAUACUGCAGCAUAGACCCGGAAGAACGUAUGUGGAAAAAGGAAGAUGGAGGUUCUGCUAAGAUGUUUGGUUUUGUCGCCCGAAAACAUGGAAGCACAACUGAUAAUGUGAGUCACCUGUUUGCUGAGCUUGUACCCAACCAGCCUGCUACAGCCAUUGUCAACUUUGUUUCCAAAGCCAUGCUUAAUUCCCAGAAGAUCUGAAAAAGUAUCCUCACAGCCAUCUUGAAUUUCAACUUGUGAGUGUGUAUUUCUCCCUGCCAAAGACAGUUUUGUUAUUCGUUUCCUUCCUGUCAGUGUGGAGAAAAUUGUUUAUUUGCUUCAACUGAAAAACACAUGGUGGUUAGUUCUUUACUCUGGUUACACUGUAAAGAUUUGGGGUAAUUUUUGCUGUUAGAAGCUCCAAAAUGUAACCUGAAAGAUAACUAAGCUUGGUGUUGUGUUUUUGUUUUGUUUGUUUGCAUUUUUGUUUUUAUUUUCUUGUGCAAAUCUUCAGUUACAACCCCUCAUCAGACCAAAAGCAACAUAGGAAAAAAUCAACUGUGGUUGAACACUGCCAAUAAUAAUCACCUUUCCCAGGCCUGAUGAGUCUGUCACUAAGUUGAGAGUUUCAAUGGACAUUGGGCUACUAAUUGCAUUGCCUUCAGCUGAUCCUACUUGAGGUUUGUUGCUGAUGGACAGUGACAUAUAUCAUGAGGAUCAUUUAAAAACUCUCUGGAUGAGUGCACAACAAGCUGCAUGUGGUAGUAGACCAUUAGCGCUUGUGUUCUGUGCACAAAGUUCUAUGCUCAGAAUCUCACACUCUAUCCUUUGGCUUCUGCACAAGUGAGAGACAAAAUACUUUGAGGACACUCGUCAUCAUGACACACUGCUCAGCUGCAUGUGUAGCUCUAUUUAUUUAUAUUUAUUAUUUAGUACUUCUCUUAAAUGAAAAAAGGUCAAAAAAUAAUGUUUUGUGUCCCUUUUAAGUAGCCACUAAGGGGGGAAAAUGCUGUGCUGAUAUCAUUUGUGUCCUUCUCAACUCAGAGUUUUAUUUAGCUGUAACAAAAUAGAAAAAUUUUUUUUUUCAAUCACAGGAUAAUUUCUCAAAUCAUAAUUUCACAUUUACAUUUAUUGCAUUUGGCAGACGCCUUUAUCUAGAGCGACUUACAGAAGUGCUUCGAAGUCUCUAUCAAUAAAUACAUCCUGGUUCACUAGUUCAUGGACUAAGAAUACCAUCAGUCUAAAAACUCUGUUGGGAAGGUAAUGUAAUAGGAGUAGUUUAAGUGCUAAUUUAAGUACAUCAUAACAUUGUUAAAGUCCACUGUUAAGGUCCACUCACACUGUCAGUACCUCAUAUUAACAGAUAAUAAGUAUGAAAAGGAAUAUUAAUAGAUAUGUAUGUUUUACUAUAAACAGAUAACAAUGAAAUAUUUAUUUUGUUGCUAUGUUUAGAAAUGAAAAAAAAUGCAAUACACUGUUUGCCAAAGAAAUACAAAAGUUGUUGUAAUGUAAUUUAGCCUUCUGCAAUGUCAAGUGACAUUGCUUAUGCUGUUUUUUUCUUUUACUCCAUAGAUUAUCAUAAAGCACUUGUGGAUUUAUUAUAGGAUUAGACUUGAUCAUUUAUUAUAGGAUUAGACCGGAUCAUACAUAAUAUCAUAUCAUAUCAUAAAUAAUUUAACUGCUUUUUUUUGUUUUAUGUUUGAUAUGCACAAAUGAUGAACAGUGAUAACAAUGAUAAAACAGCGCUGCCUAAAAUGUUACCAUGUGCCAAAUUCAUUUGUCCUAUAAAAAAAAAGACAGUCUAUUUGACAAUGUGAAAUCUGAUACCAAAAAUAGUUUUGUUGUUCCUCUUUUGGCUGUGCCCUGUUAGGGGUUGCCACAGCAGAUCACACAGCAGGUCCACAUAUUUGAUUUGACACAGUUUUUUACGCCGGAUGCCCUUCCUGACGCAACCCUCCCCAAUUUUUAUCCGGGCUGGGGACUGGCACUGAGAGGGCACUGUAGUACACGGGUUGGUUCCCUGGCUGGGAAUCGAACCUGAGCCACAGCCAUGAGAGUACUGUGGCCCAACCACUAGUCCUCCAGGGAUCCUGCUUCCAAAAAUAGUAAAAAGUUUUAUUUGGUAUCAUGAUUUGUAGUCCAGGUCUCAACUGCUUUCCUAAGCAAUUGGUAAAAUGUUUUGGCACAUGAAGUCUGAAGCUAUCACUUAUAAACCUGCCUAUUCUAUCACUAUCAUUCUGUCACUUAUACCAUUGUGUUAAUUAAAUGUAAGGAGAAUUUACAUUA